AUGGGUGGAUUGGGUAAGACAAAAAAAAGUCUAAUAAAAAAUUUAAAAGAAAGACUGACAUUAGCUGCAGCAGGAAAGUUUUCGAAAUGCGAAAAUUACGACAGCAUACGAAUUCGAAGGUUUUGUGCUACAGUUUUGGCGUUGUUCAAUGCAUGCAAUAGCAUUGUACAUAUCCCACAACUUGAUUAUACAGCCUUGGAACCGCUAAUACAAUAUCAUUUAUUCAUUUGUCGAAAUCGUCCAAAUCCAUCACUACGAACAAUUCUUAGUCGAUCAAAUUUUGAUUUAAUUUAUGUUGUUUCAUCGCUUGUUGAACAAGUUAGGUAA